AUGCUGUUAUUCGGUGACUCUAAACCAGUUACAGCGGUAACUACAUAUAUCGACAAAAUGACUGUUGGUAGUCGCAACGAUAAUGACCUAUCUGGAAUUGUUGAAUUGACAGAGGUGGUCGGGCUUACCUCUACUGGACCGAAGGAAGCAGCACGUACACUCCGUAAAAAGUUAAAGUAUGGUGAACGUAGUGAACAGAUUCGAGCUUUGCUUGUUCUCCAAGCAUUAAUUGAAAACGCAGGAUCACACUUUGUGGAAAACUUUUCGGAUGAAAAAUUGGAACAGCGUAUAUUUUUAUGUGCAACAAGCCCAGCUUAUCCAAAGGAGGUGCGAAUCCGAGCUUACUCAUUAAUCAAAUUAUGGCAUUCAGAAUACUCUAAAGUUCGAGGAAUGGAAAACCUGAGCGGCUUGGCUAAGAAACUUCCUUCUAAAAUGCCUCCCAUGGGUAAUCGUCAGCAACAACCAAUCAAUAUGAAGCGUCUUGCACCUGUACUCGAGCGCUUAAUCGUCUCUUCUAAUAUGGCGGCCACCAACUUGUCAAACACACUUGCUCAAAUAAAUCCUCAUCGCGAAGAUCCCGCUCGUAACAAACAGAUUAUGAUGUAUUACGUUGAUUGUAAACGCUGCCAUCGUCCCUUGUUGAGAUAUAUUGAAGCCAUUCAAGAUGAGAUGUGGCUUGCAAAUUUGUUGAAAACGAACGAUGAAAUUGUUCAAGCCAUUGAUUCGUACAAAGAAAAGACGAGCCAUAGUGAGCAUCAAGAUGAUGAUUUUGAAAGCGAUUCUGGCUCUCAUCCCAUAGACGACAGUGCGUCCUACUUAUCCGGUUCCGAUGUUUCUGAUACAAUUUCUCAAACAGAGGAGGAUCUGGACGCCAAUAACCCUUUUAGUGACUUGAACCGCACAGACUAA